ACCACCCUACUCCCCCACACUCCCCUCCUCUCUCUUAGCUUUCACAUUCACUUAUUUAGACAGAGUCAGCUCUCCGAUCAUGUUCUAUUGGGUUAUCCUGAUUUUGGGGACAGUUAUUUGUUCCACCACCAAUAAGCCCCUUUAUGGGAUUAUCACAUCCCCUAAUUACCCCCAUCCAUACCCCAAUAACAACCGCAGCAUCUGGGAUAUAUCAGUUCCUGAGGGUCAUCACAUCUCACUCACCUUCCUGCUGUUUGAUCUUGAGCCAUCACUGAACUGUGACUAUGACUUUGUUAAGGUCUUGGCUGAUCAGAGGGAGUUGGGACAAUUCUGUGGUAACUUCGGCUCAAGAUUCCAUCCAGGUCAGCAGCGCUUGGUGUCUCAGGGUACUCAGAUGAGAAUUGAGUUUUCCUCAGAUUUCUCCAAUGAAGAGAACGGAUCAACCAUCCUGUAUCAAGGCUUCCAGGCGUAUUACCGUGCAGAGGACACAGACGAGUGCUCACCACCUAAGGAUAAUGCCCCCUGGAACCCCCCAUGUGAGCAUGUCUGUCACAACUAUAUGGGGAGCUAUUACUGCUCCUGCUUCGUGGGGUACCAACUACAGGAUGAUCAGCGAUCCUGCAAAGUUGAGUGCAGCAGUCAGCAGUUCACAGAGGAAUAUGGCUUCAUCUCCAGCCCAGGGUACCCCAAGCCGUACCCCCCAAACCUAAAUUGCAACUACAGCAUUCGCCUGGAGAAAGGGUUAAUCAUCUCCCUCAGCUUCCAUGGGCUUUUUGAGAUCGAUAGCCACCCACGUGCAUGGUGCCCAUAUGAUACUCUAAAGAUCUACUCAGGUGGUCGGCUACAGGACACUUUCUGUGGUAAUCGUUCCCCUAAGACCCUGAGAACUCAAAGCAACUCCGUGGACAUUGUGUUCCAAACCGAUGAGUCAGGAGACAGCCGGGGCUGGCGGCUGAAAUACAGAUCAGAGGAACUGGAGAAAUGCACAGCACCAGGUAUAUCCCUGAAUGGGAAGGAAAUCCAUUGUCUCUUAUAUGCAGAUGACCUGCUCAUCCUGUCCCCCACAGCAGUGGGUUUGCAAGAAAAACUAGACAUACUGCAGACAUACUGUAAGUCAUGGGCAAUGGAAGUGAAUAUGGAAAAAACGAAAAUCAUGAUUUUCCAGAAAAAGCCCAAAAAUCUCCAGCAAAAACUCAAAUUCCUAUUGUUCUCUAAAGAGGUAGAGCACACAUUACAUUAUACCUAUCUUGGGCUUACACUGAGUGCAUCAGGAAGCUUUAAACUGGGCAUCAAAACACUGCAAGAAAAAGCCCUUAGAGCCUUCCAUGCAAUAAAGAAGCUGCUAGCCAGUCUAAACCCUCCUACAGAACUGUUAAUUAAGGUAUUUGAAAGCACCAUUGUACCAAUCCUGCUGUAUGGCUGUGAGGUCUGGGGCCCAACACUGACCCAGAACUACCGAGAAUGGGACAAAACUCUCACAGAAAUUGCACAUCUCCAAUUCUGUAAAUAUGCACUGCGGGUACACAGAAGCGCCCCUAACAAUGGGUGCAGAGCAGAGCUGGGAAGAUUCCCAUUGUUGUUACCUAUGCAAAAACGGGUGUACAAAUUCUGGUGUCACCUCACAAAUAGUGACACAAGCACACUUUACCACCAAGCACUCUGUGAUCCAGCAUCAAAAGCCUAUUCAGUGAACUCAGAUAGCACAGGACUACACAUAUACCCAAUAAUGCGUCUGUACUUCUCCUACAGUUAUUCACUAUUCAGUGACCUCAGCAAGCACAGGACUACACGUAUACCCAAUAAUGAGUCUCUACUUCUACAGCUAUUCAGUGACCUCAGCAAGCACAUGACUACACGUAUACACAAUAAUGAGUCUGUACUCCUACAGUUAUUCAGUGACCUCAGCAAGCACAUGGCUACAAGUAUACCCAAUAAUGAGUCUGUACUCCUACAGUUAUUCAGUGACCUCAGCAAGCACAUGGCUACAAGUAUACCCAAUAAUGCCUAUUCAGUGACCUCAGGUAGCACAGGACUACAUGUAUACACAAUAAUGAGUCUGUACUUCUCCUACAGCUAUUCAGUGACCUCAGCUAGCACAGGACUACACCUAUUCAGUGACCUCAGCAAGCACAUGACUACACGUAUAGCCAAUGAUGAGACUCUAUUCAGUGACCUCAGCAAGCACAUGGCUACACGUAUACCCAAUAAUGCGUCUCUAUUCAGUGACCUCAGCAAGCACAUGGCUACACGUAUACCCAAUAAUGCGUCUGUACUUCUCCUACAGCUAUUCAGUGACCUCAGCUAG